CCCUUUGCUUCGUUUGUUUCCUUCUCUUUUGUUUGGGUUGCCUUCUUCUUCUUGUGAUCCUCCUCCCUCCCUCUAAAAGUCUCGCCUUUAGUUAGUUUCUCGCCCUCCGAAUCCGUCGAGACCCAACUACCCACGCCAUGAGCAUCGAGUACGAUUACCUGUUCAAGCUUCUCCUCAUCGGCGACUCCUCCGUCGGCAAGUCAUGCCUCCUCCUCCGAUUUGCUGACGAUUCGUACGUCGACACUUACAUCAGUACCAUCGGUGUUGAUUUCAAAAUUCGAACCAUUGAACUAGAUGGGAAGACAGUUAAGCUACAGAUUUGGGACACAGCAGGUCAGGAGAGGUUCAGGACUAUAACAAGCAGUUACUAUCGGGGAGCUCACGGAAUUAUUAUUGUUUAUGACGUGACAGACAUGGAAAGCUUCAAUAAUGUGAAGCAGUGGUUGAGUGAGAUUGAUAGGUAUGCCAGUGACAGUGUAUGCAAGCUUCUAGUUGGGAACAAGUGUGAUUUGGUUGACAGUAAGGUUGUUGAUACAGAAGAAGCCAAGGCUUUCGCAGAGUCAUUAGGAAUUUCUUUUCUUGAGACAAGUGCAAAGGAAUCCAUCAAUGUGGAGGAAGCUUUCUUAACCAUGUCAUCAGACAUCAAGAAAAGGAUGGCAACCCAGCCUGCCGUGGAGAGGAAACCAACUGUCCAUCUUCACAUGAGAGGGCAGCCCAUUCAACAAACCAGCAGCAGCAGUAGCUGCUGCUCAUCAUGAACUCAAACAAGAGGCCGUUCCUUUCAUGGCACUAGUACUUAGCCAGAGGUUGGAGAGGAUUCAUCACAACGCUGGAGAAAAAGCAUUGGAUUGGAUACUUUAGCAUUACAUAACCAUCAUGCGUGCAGAAAGUGUUACUUGCUACAGUUUGUUGCGACGUGAUAUCAUCAGUGCUUAUAAGCCUAAUUUUAAUAUAUGAUACAUGUUGUUGGAUACUUGGAACCGAUCAUGAUGCUUGAGCUUGAUGCAAGCUUGUCA